GAUAUUUUCACUGCUAAACAACCAUAUAUUGAAGCAAGUGAAUUAAAUGCUAAUGAUGUACAAGUUACAUUGGUUAUGCAGGGUUUACAGGCGCCUAGUCGAGGAUUUUGUGGACUUAUUAAACCCGGUUGUUCAGGGAAUUUCCACAGUGAUUCUUUCAAUACAACAUCUGCAAGUAUUCGUCAACAAUUAGGUAAUGGAUUGUUAAAAGUGGAGCUUGGUGAAUAUUCAUUAAAUGUUCUAUGCGAAUUAACUAAUCCUAAUUAUACUUAUGAAUAUACUGUACGUCAAUUUCCAUCGAAAAUUAUACCAACAUUUUGUACAUUUAAAAUACAAAAUAAUAAAGUCAGAUUACGUUUGAGAAAAGCUUGUGGUUCUGAACAAUGGGCUGGUGCAUUAGCUGUCAAAGGUUUAGAUCAAAGUUGACAAAUGCACAGUAAAAUAUAUCAUUAUGAUUAGAAAUAUACAACAAAUAUUUUGUACAUGAUAUUCUAUGAGAUCUAUUAAAUAAACUGUAAUAUACAUAUAUGUAUACAUACACUUGUUAUUGAAUGUAAUUCUAUUGUAUUGGAUCAGAAAUAUCAAUGACUACGAUUGGAGCAUCGUACUUCAGUACAACGAUUAUAUUUCAAUGGAUGACAAUUCAAUUUUUCUCAUGAUUUUCUUCUUUUGUUUAUAUGAACAUAUUCUCGUUUUUUUAAAAUGAUUUUUUAGUGUAUUAUCAAACCUUUGACUUUUUUUACUCGACGUAAAUUACUAAUAUCGCUUUCCUAGUUAUAUUUGCCUUUUUUUAAAGAAAAAACGUGAUGAUAAAAAUAUAGAUAAAUAUAUGAUGCUUGUUUAUUUUAAAUUCCUACAUAGUUUUCUGUAUAGAGAUUUGUGGAAAUGAUUGGAUAUUAUGAACCCACUUAUGCGACCUAUUCAUUGAAAACCUGAGGGUUGUAAACAGCGGUUUCGGCCCGAUAUGCGACUCUUCAACACGCACAAACUUGUCGACGAGGAUUGAAACCAGGACCGGUUUCACGAGAACGUUUACCCCGUAGACCACUGAACCGGGAUUCAACUUCAAUCACCAUACGAUAUUGCGUGACCACCAUUCACCGUUUUCGGUGGGUAACCACUAUCCCACAUUUGAACUCCACCGAUUAUGGCUUCCCACUAAAAUUCCAGGACGUUCUGUGUUCGAUGAAUCGAUUCUGGCAGGAACCUUAUUCAUUAUAGCACCGAAUGUAGAUUACUUGGUAACAGUCAAUAGUUUGGUGUCUAAUACUUUAUCUAAAAGGAAUCUAGUAUAUGCUUGAUAUAAAGAAGUCGAAUCCACAAAAUAACCUCAUUUUCGUCAAUGCAGAAAAGAUUUUACAUUUUUAUCAAUACCAGUCCACAAAAUUAUUGUUAUGAUACUCAUGGCGAGUCCAGAUACGUUAUGUGCUUCCGCGCACAUGCUUGAUCGAGGCCAAAUGGUGGGUGAGACAAGUUGAAAGAAGACGGUUGUCAGCGAACGUCGUUCAUGCUAUUUGUCCAGGUCUGGCUUAAUGUUAGGUCCCGAUAAACAUAAUGGAUGGUAACUUUGGGAUCGUUUUUAGGGACCAAUACUAAACGUAUAUUUUUAUCGUAUAAUUGUUAAAUAAUUAAACUAUUCAUAUUCCUCUUAUUAUAAACUUUAUUUUGACCUAUGAACCGUUAUUAUACGUUUUACCAUUCUUAAAUUAUGCCCUGUCUAUUAUUGGUCGCUGCCUCCCACAUUCACAGCCACAUUUGGCCGAAUUUUGUACAAAUGUUAUUUUCUAUAUUAUGCUACGUUGUGGUCUGUUUGAUUGGUAUAUAAACUCAGUAUGUUUGAAAUAUCAGGAUUCAUAUUGCAGAGGGUGAAACUGGUGUUCUGGA